GACGAGCCACACGCGGUUGAGGUGCAAGGCGCAUGGCCACUGCCAGAAGAAGGCGUACAUGCCAUGAGGGAUGCCUCAUUUCCCCCGUCCCCUCCUGAGCCUCCCCAUCCACGAUGCGUGCUUCCGCCUUCACGGGCACCCUCCUAGUGGUGCUCGCUUUCAGCGUGCUCGCUCCUUCUUCCACACACGCCAUCGUCAACGACACUGUCGUUCUUGGAGAUGAACUCAGCCCAUCCGAAUUCCUUGCAGAAGUGCAAAUCAAACUUGUCCUCCACGUUCUUGAUGUCCCAAAGGCAAUCGAUGGCUGCGCCAGCUUGACAGCUGCUUCCGAAGGCUACCACUUUGAAGGAGGCCAGGCGUCUGGUCUCUCCCAGGACCGCUGCACCACUGGCGGAACGUGCCAGUGCAAGAGCUUCAGCGAUUCCUGCGAUAGCGGAGAUUGCUACAAAGUGUACCGUUGCAAUGACACCGCCGCUGAUGGCUGCUUCGCCGUCUCAAACUGCACGCAGACCGUUUUCACCACCGUCAUGGAGAGCGUGUUUGAGGACGAUGUGCGGGAUGCAUUCGUGAACUGCAUGGCAAGUGCUUCACGCCACACAGAGACCACCUUCGUUGAUCUCGGCAUCUGCCUCUCCGACUGCCCCGACAUGGAACCAGGAUCUUCUUUUGAGGACAUGAAGGCCAUUGUUGCCUGCCACCGAUUCUGCGCUUUCUCCACCGCGGACAUGGACUGCAAUGUCACCGUCACAACCACAACAACCACGACCACCGUGACCACCACGACAACAACCACCACCAACGCCACGACCACCACGACAACAACCACCACCUCCUUCACGGGCUGCGUUAAUGACAUGUAUGAGCCCAACGACAGCCCACCCGGUGAAGUCACCAUGGUUGGUGGAGGAGACAGCAGCAUCUCUGCCGUGAUUUGCGACGGCGAGGACGACUGGUUUGCCAUCCCUGUGUGCAACGGCACCAUCAUCAUCAAAGUGCUGUUCGACCACCAGACUGGCGACUUGGACAUGGACCUGUAUGAUGAUGGCGGCAGCCCGCUAACGUACUCCGCCAGCGCCACCGACAACGAGUGGAUUGUAUUCUCCCACGAAGGCGCCAACUCGACCGUGUUUCUUGACGUGUACGGCUACGAGGGCGCUUCUGCCCCCUACACCAUGCAGACGACGCUGCUGUGCGGGGAGCUGUCGUGCCUGACAGACGACUACGAGCCCAAUGACUCGCAGCUGGCGGCGGCGAAUCUCGGCAACGAGACGACGCAGGCGCUCGCGACCGCUUGCUCGGGCAAUGACGACUACUACGAGGUGGCCGUGUGCCCGGGAGGCGCGCUGUUUGUGAGUCUGUGGUUCAAUGGCGACGAUAGCGACUUGGACUUCAUCAUCUACGACGAAUUUGGAACGGAAGUUGCUUCGGCUGAGACAGAGGGCUGGCCAGAGACUGCUGCCUUGUUCAACACCAACGCCACAGAGGCAACGUACUACAUUCUCGUCUUUGGCUUCGCUGGAUCCGAGGCGCCAUACCAGCUGGACGUGACAGUCAACUGUGACCCCGACUGCACCAGCGAUGACUUUGAGCCGAACAACAGUCCGUCAAACCCCACUGUCAUUGGCAGUAACGAUGCCUUCAACGCCACCGUGUGCUACGGAGAGGAAGACUGGUAUGCGUUUUUCCCUUGUGCCAAUGGCUUCGCCAGCAUCGACGUCUACUUCGAGGACGCUGUUGGCGACUUGGACGUGGUUCUCUUCGACUUUGAGGGCACCAUCCUUGACGUCAGCGACACCUCGACCGACAAUGAGCACGUGGAGUCCGUUACAUACCCGGGCGAGGGCCCGCCCAUGUUCGCCCUGGUGGUUGGUGCGCCUGGCGACAGCGCCCCAUACGAGUUCAUCAUUUCCACUACCUGCUAACCCAUUC